AAUUAAAACAUGAGUUUAGAGAAUGCUAUUGUAUAGUGGCUAAACAAAUAUUAAUAAUUAAAUAUUUAGUCUUUUGAUAGUUUGGCUGAUGGUAAAUAUAUAUAUUUUAGUAAGGUUGUGCUUUUAGUUAGUUGUUGAAUUUAGUUGAUCCUACAUUCUUUUCUUUAGCAAGUGCAAAAAGCCUAAAAAUUGAUGCUGAUGUUUAAAAAGUUCAAGGUCAUUUGAUUGAAAUGCUACAAAAAGUUUAAUAAUAUCGAACCAAUAUUUAAUGCAAACCACCUGAUUAUAUAGAGAUUGAUGUUUUUGAAAUCACGGUAAAAUAAAAUAGGCAAUAAAUUUUGGCAUUAUUUGAAUUAAUUCUGAAAGUUAUCCUUUCUUCAAAUAUUAGAGGAAAAUUUAUUGAGCCUAUUUUAUUAUUAUAAGAAAAGGAUUAAGAAACAUUAAUGCAUUUUCUUAAAAAUCAUUUAGAUGAAGUAAUAUAAAAAAAUAUAAAUUAAAGUCAGAAAAUUAGCCUAAUGAAUGGCAAGAGGAAAACUAUAUUCAGAGUUUAGUCUAAAAGAUGGAUGAAAUUGAAUAUUAAAAUACAGAGCUUAAAUAAUAGCUAAAUGAAUAAGAAGAAAAAAAAAAGUCUUUAAAAAGUGCUCUAGAUGAUGCAUUAGUCUAAUUGGAAAAUAAAGAUAUGGAAAUCAAAGCAUUGACAGAAUCUAAAUGUCAUUUAGAAAAAUGUACAAAAAUCUUUUUUUUAUUUUAAGGUUUGGAAGAAAAAAUGGAUUUUUAACAUGAGUAUAAAGAGAGUGAAAAAAUUCAUUAAAAAUGUUUAGAACAAGAACACAAGUUGGCAUAAUAUGAAUUAUAAAUUGAAGAUUUAAAAAGGAAAGAAAUUUAAUUUAUUUAACUAAAAGAAGAAUAUUAACAAUAUAAAUAGAAAUUAUAAGAAAAUGAAAAGUUAGAAUAGAAAAUUGAAAGUGUAAGAAUAUAUAAAUAUAAUUAGCUACAAGAAAGAAGAGAAUUAGACAAAGAUGUUUAUUAAAAAGGAAAAGAGAGAUAUGAAAAAGAAAUAGCAAUAUUAAAACAGAAUAUGAAAGAAUUAUUAUUAUAAUAAUCUGAGUUAAAGGAAUCUAAAUUAAAUUUAGAAUUAGAAUUACAGUCAAAAUAGGCAAGGUAUGCAAGAUCAUAAGAACAAAUUAAGACAAUGGAAACAGAAUAUGGAUAGAAAAUCAGAGAGCUUUAAGAUUUGCUUGAAACUUUACAUUAGGCUGAGGAAGAAAUGCCUAAAAUUAUAAGUGCUACUGAUAAGUAAUUGUCUUAAGAAAUGAAACUAUCAACUAAUAUGAAAACUGAAAAUUUUGAAAGAGAGUAUUACAUAAAAGAAAAUCAUAAAUUAGAAGACAAAAUAAAAGAGCUAUAAGCUAAAAUUAAUGAAAUGCAAAUGGAAGAAGAAAGUAAGAAUUAGAAAAGCAAAUUCGAAUCUUAGCUUUAAUAGUCCUAAUAGAUUUCAUUAUUAACAGAUAAAAUUAAAUAAUUUUAAGAGCAUAACUAAUAAUUAAAAAAACAGAAUGAAGAGCUGAAAAAGUAAACUUAAAUCAAAAAAGUCACAUAAAUUGAUUAUGAAAUAAGUGUACUUUCUUUAUUGUCAGAAGCUUUAUCUAAAAAAGUGAAAGAGUUUAAAGUUUAAGAAAGAGAUAUGUGA